AUCUAUGUUUAUGCUUGCGAUUGGGCCGGGGCUGCGCGUAGCGACGAGCCGGGUGUCGUGUUGUAGUCUGUUGUUAGCUUGAGUAAUAGUAACGUAUCACAUAUAUGAGUGAUGAGGUUACGAUAAAUAUCCAAGGGCUAGUGAUUGUAGGAGCUUAGGCACACACCUUUCUUACAAGUAGUGAGUCAGAUAGCCGCUCGGCAAGGUGGUUUAAUUGUCCCUGGGCGGAUUGUGCCUGAUAUUAUGGGUGGUCUCUUGAGCUACUUCCAGGGCCUAUUUGGCAGCAGGGAAAUGAGAAUACUCAUCCUGGGCCUAGAUGGAGCUGGAAAAACUACUAUUUUAUACAGGCUUCAAGUGGGUGAGGUGGUCACCACGAUUCCCACCAUUGGCUUCAAUGUGGAACAGGUGACCUACAACAACCUGAAGUUUCAAGUGUGGGAUCUGGGAGGCCAAACCAGUAUCAGGCCGUACUGGCGCUGCUACUACUCCAACACGGACGCCAUCAUCUAUGUGGUGGACUCUGCUGACCGCGACCGCAUGGGCAUCUCCAAACAGGAGCUGGUCUCCAUGCUGGAGGAGGAGGAGCUGAGGGGCGCCAUAUUGGCAGUCCUAGCCAAUAAGCAGGAUAUGGAGGGCGCCAUGUCCGUGGCCGAGGUCUACUCGGCACUCGGCCUGGAGGCGCUAAAGACGCGAACCUUCCAGAUUUUCAAGACGUCAGCGAUCAAAGGAGAGGGCCUUGACCAGGCCAUGGACUGGCUAGCCAAUGCGCUGCAGGCCAAGAAGUGACGUGUUUAUCAGUGUUUGGCUGUUUGGAUCCGGCGACCUUGAAUGCUGCACGCCGAUUGGCCAGCUGUGGUGAGAGGCGGAGUGCAGCGCCGGAUCUCCGACGGGACCAGGCGUCGCCGGGACGCAGCGAAGGGUGAUGGUGGUCAUGCUUGUCAACUUGCGACGUUAUUGGCAGGCGAAUUUGGAGUUGAUUCUGUUGUUUGUCAGUCCAUCAUUGUUUUGUUUAUUUCCGUAGUGGAUCGGUAUUGCGAUGGAAGCUGUGCACGUUUGUAACAUAUGCUUAAUGUAGCUACAAUCUAAAUUGGGUGGUCGAUAUCUUUACUGAGUGUCGCGUCUAUUUGACUGGAAUAGUCGUUUUGAUCGAAGCGCAACGACCGCGCUGUGCUGGAAAUAAGCGUGUUUUAUCUUGGUAAUUUUCGUUGAGUAUUGAUGUGUGAACGCUGCAGAGGCAUGGAAUAAAGAUAUAUCCAUUUA